CCCAGUAACUGUCUAUAGUAACCUGCACAUGGCAUUUUCUGUCAUCUUGACAGAGUCUUUAUGGAUCAACAGUGAUGGAGACCGAAGCUGUGUACAAGUGAUGGAGUCAUUUUCUAAAUGCAUUCUAAAUUUAAGGACAACUGAGGGAAGGAGAAGUUAAGCGAGCGGUGAGCAAUUUGAGCGAAGCAGGGUGUAACCUGAGUUGAACGUGGAGCGAUAUUGAGCGGAGCAGCCUGGAGCAGCUUUGAGCAGAGGGUAAGAACAGCUCCUUGAGCAAGGAGUGGAAAUUCUCACUGCUCCUCUCCACUCACAUGCUCUGCUAUCCCGUGAUGGGAGACUUUGGCCAAUCACAGGACAAUCUACAACCUCCUUAUAAAAAUUGUAUUUCCUUCCCCCCCCCCAUUUUAAAACAUGUUAUGAAACGUACGUGACAUUUAAAGUGACACAAUGAGGACAUGAGUCUGUAUCUAUGAUGGUGAAAUCAAUCCACUCGUCCCAUACAGAUACAUCUGUGAUACAGACAGCCAUGCCAGUACUGGAGGUGAUGUGCAGCCUGAUUGGCUGGUUCUGUCUCUACCUGCUGUUCUGCUGUAUCUUCGCUCAGCGGGGGCCCGAGUGGAACUGCCGGUUGGUCACUUUGUCCCACGGGGUCCUAAUAGUACUGCUGACAGCAUAUGUCCUCUUCAUAGACGGACCCUUGCCUUUCACCCAUGCAGGUACAGAAAAUACUGAGCUCCAGACCUCUUGCCUGGCUGUCUGCUUCGGCUACUUCCUCUUUGACAUGGGCUGGUGUGUGCUCUACCACACCGAGGGCCCCGUCAUGCUGGCCCACCACACUGGGAGCAUCGUGGGCAUCCUGCUCGCUCUGCUCAUGGGAGUGUCCGGCUGCGAGACCUGCGGAGUCAUUUUCGGCAGCGAGAUCACCAACCCCCUGCUGCAGACCCGCUGGUUCCUCCGCCAGCUGGGCCUGUACGACAGCCUGCUGGGCGACGCAGUGGACCUGCUUUUUAUUUUAUUGUUCGCAACCGUGCGCGUGGGAGUCGGCACGGUCAUGUUUUACUGCGAGCUCACCUCUCCCAGGACCACGCUGAUAAUGAAGCUCGGCGGGGUGGCCAUGUACGGGCUGGCCUGGGUGUUCAUGGUGGACAUAGCCAGAUUUGGCUACAAGAAAAGUAGGGCGAAGUAUAAAAGGUGGCGUGAGAACCACAUACUGAAAGAAAUCAACGCACAAAAACUGGAUGGACAAGAGUAACUGAAGGAAUUCACCUUUAAAGAUAAACUCAUCUGCCUACUUAUUCUUGCAGGGACAAAAGCUACAUAUUGUGGCAUCAAUAUAUCACAUAUCUGCUAGGGCUGGGAAUCACCAGAGGCCCCACGAUACGAUAUUACCAUGAUACUUAUGUCACGAUACAAUAUUAUUGCGAUUUCAAACAUAUUGCGAUAUUCUGCGAUAUAUUGCAAUUCAUUACCUGUUUUGUCUAAAGAAAAAAAUGUCUGGUUUGUUCAUCUCACUUCAAUUUUCCAUCUAGUGGACUGAAAAGGCAAUCGAUCUUAUUAUUCUAGUACCAAAAGGUUAAACUCUCAUGUUCAAUUUAUAUAACAAAAGGUCGAUACUUGGCGUCUGUGUAUCGAUACAGUAUUGACACAGGUAAAUAUUGCGAUACUAUGCUGUAUCGAUUUUCCCCCCCGACCCUAAUAUCUGCAGGCAUGACAAUACCGUGACAAGAGAUUCUACUUCAGUGGAAGAAUGUAGAACGAGGUAGCCUACAUUUAGGCCUAAUUAAGUACAAACUCAUGGUAUACACUCACCGGCCACUUUGUCAGGAAUACCUUGCUAGUACCUGCCGGACCCCUUUUGCCUUCAGAACUGCCUUAAUUCUUAGUGUCAUAGAUUCAACAAGGUGCUGAAAACUUUCCUCAGAGAUUUUGGUCCGUUUUGACAUAAUAGCAUAGCUGCAGAUUUGACAUUCAUGAUGCAAAUAUAUUGUUCCACCGAAUCCCAAAGGUGCUCUAUGUGGUGACUGUUGAGGCCAUUUGAGUACAGUGAACUCAUCGUCAUGUUCAAAAAAACAGUUUGAGAUGAUUUGAGUUUUUGGACAUAGUCCGGUAUAGGCUACUGCUGGAAGUAGCCAUUAGACGAUGGGUAAACUGAGGUCAUAAAAGGAUGGGCAUGGUCACUAGCAAUACUUUGGUAUUAUAUGUCUUCCCUAUUCUGAUGCUUGGCUUGAGCUUCAGCAGAUUGUCUUCACCAUGUCUACAUGCAGAAAUGCAGUGAGUUCUUGCCACGUGAUUGACUGAUUAGAUAUUUGCGUUGAUGAGCAGUUGAACAGGUAUACCUAAUAAACUGGCCAGUGAGUGUAUAUAAAUAUGUGUGUUUUUUUUGUUUCUUCUUGUCAAUUAUCUUACAACCCUUUAGGUUCAUCUUGCGAACACUUGAGCGGUCAUGACUACCAGGUUGGGAAUGACUGCCCUGGCGCACCAAAUGUGUAUUAAUCUGCGACGGAAUAUAGUUACCAAUAAAAAACACAAUUUACACCCUUUUCAGUUGUGUUUGCUAAAAGCUACACUGCCUAUCUGUUUUAGGACAUACUUCAGCCUUUUUUAAAUAUAAAACUAUAUAUUUGGGACCUGUUUUUUGAAGAUUUACAUCUUCAGUAGGAAACAAUGGGCUUGGGGUUGAAAGAUGGAAAAUACGAAAAUGUUUUUUGUGUGUAGAAAAAUAUAGAAUAACACCUUAUCCUUUUAAAUUCAGCACACCACAAACAAUAUUGACUGAAUGUUGGUGGCAGGUUAAAUUUAAGAAUUUUCAAUAUAUUUUUAAUACCACAUAGAAUUACAUUUAUAAACGUGUUUCUGUGAUCAUACUGGCCAAAGUAUGAAAGUAUGAUGGAGAACCAGUGGGCCUGGAAUUAUUUGGAAUUGCCAGCAGUACUAUAUUCUAUAUAAUGGCACAAAAGAACCAAUUUUGAUCAAUUAAUUUAGGUUCAGUUAGGUUUUUGCUAAAACCGACACUUGCCCAUUAUGAGACAAUUAGCUUCUUAGCUGCUGUAGCUAACAGUACUGACAUUGUUUGCUACAGGUCUGAUGGUGAUGACUGAAACAACAGCACAAUCCUGUCGAAAUGAUCCCCUUUUUAGUUAGAGGUGCAAUAGGUAAGCCUAUAAAACUAACUAACUUUCUAA